AUGACGUCCCGACCGGCGCCGACCCCGAUCAGCGUGCCAAAGCCGUCUUUGCUAUCCGAUCUUCCUCCCGUCUCGGCCCUCUUCCUCAUUGAGUUUGACGUCAAAGCCGGUUAUACUAUCACCUGGAAAAAGGCCGCACCUGGGAUCACUCUCGACGGCGCUGUCGAGUACAAAAGCUUACCCUCAGGGCUUCACACUGUGUCCCAAGACCUGAUUUAUUUCAUUCACGAGGGGGAAUAUGCCGGUCUCAGUGCAUUUGUCAACGCAAAAACCGAAGAGGAGGCUACCCGUAAUGCGCGCAUGAUUGCGGUUGGAGUGUUGGUACCUUUGAGUUACGGGCGCCUCGGUAGAUCAUGGAGACAUGCCGAGGGGCUCAGGGAUAUGGCCAUAAAUCUCGCUGUUGAGAACAAGGAUUUGAGCAUAUUGGAGACCUACUGGGAGAAGAACAAAGCGCAAGAUUCGACAUCUCCUAGUGCCGGGCCCUGGAAAGAGUCCCCACCAAGCUCGCCGUCUGUCACUUUCCAUCAAGGGGCGCCACAGAGCCAGUUCAGGAAACGAGCCGGCUCAGAUGCACAGGUUCUUGUACCACCAGGCCACCAACUAUCCCCUUUUCACCCGGCCUGGAGCCUUAGUGAUUUACUUGACACAUUUGGCCCGUUGAUAUUUCCUAUUCAUCGAGCAGCGUUGCUGCGGAAGCGCAUCCUUAUAUCGACACAUGCACCUGUGCACCAGGCAUGUGACUUUGUGUAUGAUAUAUCGAUCUUGUCGAACAUUCCUCUUUCUCUAUUCGAUCUUCUAGAGUCUACAGCCCCGGCUCAGCGUCUAAGACCCCUUUUUAAUAUUGGUGUAAAUGACAUCGCUUUCUUAUCCGAAGAUGCCGCAGCCGCAGUCUCCAAGAAGCGUUUCGCCUCAUCAGCCUCCGCCAGCAACCCAGAACGGAGCUCACUCCCAGAGCAAGCUGCGGGUAGCGGAUGGGUCGCUUGUACAACCGAUAGUAUCCUAGCGAUGAAACCAGAGCUGUGGGAUAUGCUUAUCACCAUGCCAGCACCGCAUGCUGCGGGUGUCAAGGAACGGGUGUGGCCGACGAUAGAGCUGCCAGGCCAUGUCCCCGUUCGCGCAACCCAGCGCGACCUACGGCGGUUCCGGAAUUUGCGAGCAGGCAUCGCACGCCUGGCACGUCCAAUGAGCGCCCGAUCCGAACGCCCCGGCACACCUUCAGGCUGGUCGGCCGCCACGGCUGUUGCCAAAGCAGACAAUGAUGACUCUCUGCUCGCCGAUGCGGCCGACAAGGUGGUCGAGCCUACGACUUGGGCGGCACUGGCUUACAGUGGCUUUAUGUGGUGGGCGAGUGCCGGGGAGCAGAGGCGGUCCGAAGAGGCCGAGGAGGUAGCUCAAGAUUCCUCAUUGCUGGCUGACCUUGCUUCUGCUCCAUCUCCUAGACGCCGUGGAAGCAGCGUGAGUGGUGGUGUCUCAGGCCAUCUGACCAAGAACGGCGCAGUCAUGGCGGACUCAGUCAUGUCUCUCCCAGCAACGGGGCAAGCAAAUGUUGGGGACAGUGCCGCAAGCGGGGCUAGCGAUAUGGCCGCGAUAGAGGUCCCGUCAGAACAAAGCGAACACGGGGGUGCAGUAGAUCAUAUUGUGGAAGAGCGAGCCCGGGUGGAGCUGGCCAUUAUUGCCUACUUCCGAAGGCUCACGACACAAAUGCUUACAGUUUUAGGGGACCUGGUGGACAGCAUAGAAGACGGCGAUGAUGAAGAGAUGGAUGAAACCGAAACCACUGAGGCCUCGCCUCUUAAUCAACCAGAUGACGUGGAUGUUGUCUUAGUCGGCUCUUUGCACGUCGACAGCGAUGCUCUUGCCCGUAUGGGCUUGGAUGUAUGGAGUGACGCCGACGUUGCGUUUGUCAAGGAAGCCACAGCAUGCUACUUUGCCAGGAGGGCGAGGGUCGAGUCCAAAGCUGUCGAAGUUUGUGGGCUACGUGUUUGCUGA